AUGACGGACUCGGCUACGGCAGCUACGAACGCCGCGACAGGCUUCUCUUUAAAGCCUCCUCAGCCAUUUACGUUUGAUCAAGCCUCCGAGUGGCCUGCAUGGAUCCUCGAGUUCGACGACUACCGCUUUGCAUCGGGUCUCGUCCAUCAAGAGCGUGAAAUGCAGGUGCGAACUCUGCUCUACGUAAUGGGUCGCCAAGCGAGACAAAUUUUCAACACGUUCUCGCUCUCCACGGAAGACCGCAAAAACUUUGACAGUGUCAAGGCCAAGUUUGACUCGCACUUCGUCCAAGCGAGAAACGUCGUGUACGAGUCAGCGUGCUUCAAUUGGCGGGAACAAGAGCCCUCAGAGACCGUCGACCAAUACGUCACCGCCCUAUACAACAUGGCAGACAGGUGCGACUACGGUGACUUGCGGGAUCGCCUCAUCCGCGACCGCUUCGUACUGGGACUCCACGACAAGAAGCUCUGCGAAGCCCUACAGAUGGACGCUAACCUCACACUCGCCAUGGCGCUCGCUAAGGCACGCCAAAAGGAGUCCGUGCACAAGCAGCAGCAGCAGCUCCUUCAGGCCUCCGGGGAACCGUCCUCCUUCAAGUCAGAGUAUACCGGUCUCGACGCCGUCUCCCACAAGCAUCGCAGCAAAGGCAAGAACCUGCCGCGACCGCAUAACAACGCCACGAAAUCAAAUAGUCAAUCGUGCGGCUACUGCGGUGGAGCGCCUCAUUCUCGUUCUCUGUGCCCAGCAAAGACUGAGAAGUGCUCAAAGUGCAACACAAGGGGACAUUUCGCUCGUGUUUGCAGAAAAGUUCCGUCGUCAAGAGACAUCUCAACGCUCGAGCAAGGAACCUCAGCGAUGUUUCUCGGGGCGGUAAACCAACCAGCCGACGCUCAGCACGACUCAAGGCUUGUCGAAGUCGACCUGAACGGCUAUCCACUGAUCGCAAAGAUCGACACCGGUGCCCAAGUUUCUGUUGUCCCGGCUACGUUUGCUGGAAUUCCUGAACAUCUCCAGCCAGCAAGCGAAACCCUCUCAGGACCGAGCGGCAGGGCACUUCAGGUCGUCGGAAAAUUCGAUGCAACGAUCACGUGGAGGUCGCGAAGGUCGAACCAAGUCAUCUACGUUGUGCAGCAGCUGAAGCAUCCACUCCUUGGAUUACCUGCCAUCGAAAGCUUGGGACUCGUCAAGUUUCUGUGCGCCACGGAACGCGUUGAGGAACGAUAUCCCGAACUUUUCAACGGUCUGGGUCUGCUGCCGGGUGCGUACACAAUUCGCCUCAAUCCCGCGGCUGUGCCGUAUUCUGUGACCGUGGCAAGGCGCAUUCCUGUGCCCCUACGGAAAGCAGUCGAGCAGGAGAUCAUCAGCAUGCAACAACAAGGAGUGAUCCGCCCUGUAGAAGGCCCUACGGACUGGUGCGCCGGAAUUGUUCCGGUAGUGAAACCCUCAGGAGGUGUCCGAAUAUGCGUGGACUUCACCCGCCUCAACUCUUCAGUCCUCAGGGAAAGAUUUCCCCUCCCGUCAGUUGAACAGACGCUCGCUUUAUUAGGUGAGGCAACCGUUUUCUCAAGACUAGAUGCAAAUUCAGGCUUUCACCAAAUCCCUCUUUCCCCGGCAUGCCAAGAUCUGACAACAUUCAUUACGCCAGUUGGACGCUUUUGUUUCACGAGACUUCCAUUCGGCAUAACGUCAGCACCGGAGUAUUUCCAAAAACGCAUGUCCGAAAUCCUGAGUGGACUAACAGGAGUCGUCAAUCUCAUGGACGACAUUCUCGUCUUUGGCCGCGAUCAAGCCGAGCACGACGGAAACCUUGACACGACUCUCAAGAAGCUUGCUUCCUCUGGAAUCACCCUCAACCGCUCUAAAUGCGCUUUCAGCGUGAAGGAGGUGACCUUCCUAGGCUGUGUCAUCAGUAGUCAAGGCAUACGUCCCGACCCUAAAAAAGUCGAGGCUAUCAAGUGUCUCCCGCCGCCUACAGACGUCGCCGGAGUCCGCCGGAUCUUAGGGAUGGUGAACCAUCUGGCAAGGUUCCUGCCAAAUUUGGCCGAAAGGACAGCCGCUCUCCGCGUUCUCCUCAAGAAAACGUCGGAGUGGACAUGGGGCCCCGCUCAGGAAAAAGACUUCCAAAACAUCAAGGACCUCAUCUGUUCGGACCAGUGCUUGGCAAAGUACCAUCCGGAGUAUCCUACUACACUCUCAGCAGACGCAUCAGCCUACGGAUUGGGCGCAGUACUGCUACAAGUGCAACCGGAUGGGAACAACCGCCCAGUCGCAUUCGCCUCAAGGUCCCUAACGCCCGCCGAAACGCGGUAUGCUCAGAUAGAAAAGGAAGCCUUGGCUCUAACCUGGGGAGCCGAACGGUUCGAAGAAUACCUGCGUGGUCUCACGGCAACCUUUCAAACAGAUCAUCAACCUUUGAUCACCCUCCUGGGAAAAGAGUCUCUCGAUCUGCUGCCACCACGAAUUCAACGCUUCCGCAUGCGCCUCAUGCACUUCCGCUACGUCAUGCAGUACGUCCCAGGAAAAAGUAUUGCUACUGCUGACACUCUCUCGAGAGCACCAACUGCAAGCAGUUCGACAGCGGGAACUCUCACUUGUGAUGAAGUGAGCGCCUACGUAGAGGGUGCACUCAUGGGUCUGCAAACUUCCGCCUUCGAUCCAGUGAAGAAAGCUCAAAAAGAAGACGAGGUCUGCCAGCGUCUUCUGUGCUUUUGCCUCAACGGAUGGCCGGAAAAACGCAGCGUCCCAGCCCCCCUCUCUCCGUUUUGGCAGUACCGAACAAGUCUGUCCGAAAACGAUGGCUAUCUGCUGUACGGAACACGCCUAGUGAUUCCUCAUUCUCUGAGAAGCGAAAUUCUCACUCGCCUACAUGAGGGGCACCAAGGCAUCGGACGCUGCAGAGAAAGGGCAAAGCAGUCUGUGUGGUGGCCAGGAAUCUCAUCAGAACUCCAGCGAAUGGUUUCUAACUGUGAAACUUGUGCUAUAAACCGACCGCAAAGAGCCGAGCCGCUUCUGCCGACAGUUACACCAGAGCUUCCGUGGCAGAUGGUGGGGAUCGACUUAUUCCAACUUCGGGGACAGAACUACAUGAUAUGUGUGGACUAUCGCUCACGGUACCCCGAGAUUGCACUCCUGGCUUCCACCUCCGCAGACGCCGUCAUUAACCACCUCAAAAGCAUUUUCGCUCGUCAUGGCAUCCCUGUGACAGUGGUAUCCGACAACGGCCCACAAUUCUCGAGCUCGGCAUUCGCAGAAUUCGCUAAAGCAUACGGCUUCAACCACACCACGAGCAGCCCUCUUCAUCCGCAGGCCAACGGGGAAGCGGAACGCGCCGUCCAAACAGUGAAACAUCUGCUCGAGAAAGCAGACGAUCCGUACCUCGCCCUACUGGCCUACAGAGACACGCCGGGGCCGACAGGCUUCAGCCCGGCUAAAUUGCUCAUGGGACGCCAGCUACGCUCUCUAGUUCCUGCAUUUCCUGCCCUCCUAUAG